GCAUGUGGUAUUUAAUGAAAUUACAAAAACAUUUAUUCUCAGAAGUAAUUGAUUACGAGAGAUUACACAUUAACUUGUAUGCUUCAAGGAGAAAAAAUUGCAUGCCCGCUCCAACUGGAGCCUUAGAGGAGUGUCCGUUGUGUAAGAGAAGGGAAACGGGAAAUAUGGGGUAUUUGAAGAAGUGCCUUUUGAGUUCAGACCCGCAGGUUUUUAUAACAGUCUGUACAGAGAGUGAGUGCUUUUACUAUAAUUCAGAUUCAAACAUCGAUCUAGUCGAUCUGCCUGCUCAGUGUGACAGUUCUGAUUUUUCCGGCCUUGACUCUGCGUUGUUUAUAUUGACUAAUUCGGUAUACCUACGGCUCAGUUACCGAAACAAUAAUAUUCCUGCUGAUGACGUUUUGUCGAGAAUACUUUAUCUUGCUCUAGAGCGGAAAAAUUACAUCUACGAAAUUAGAAAUUAUUUAGUCCAAAAUGAUAAACUCUCUAUAAAGGGCAAUGAUAUUGCUGCAAGUUUAUCGUUUUUGAUGAAAUUAUCAAAUUUCAUUGGAAAAGCUUUUCGAACUAAGUGGGCUAUUACUGCUGACUGCUUGAAAGGCUGCAAAGACAGUGGCGAAGACACUUGUCUUUUGUCAGUAAAGGAUGUAGGAUUCAUGAAACUUUCUGAAACUCCAGCUGUUGUUAUUCCUGGCAAGUCAUGUCGCUCGUGCAAGCUGUCCAAAAUCAACCGUUAUAUAAGUCUGCAAGAAGCUUCAAAUUUUGUAAUUGUUCAAACCCGAAAUGGUAUAAGUCUUCCUUUCGAAAUUGGCCAAACGUCUUUUCGGUUAGAUGAAAAUACUUACAGACUGCAUGCAGUGACAACAGUGCAUAGGAUGGGAUAUGACACCUUUUUAUGCGAUUCAUUGGGACAUCUACGCGAGUUUUUUGAAAGUGAAACUAAAGUGUCGAAAAGAUGUACCCUAAAACUCGGAAGUUUGAAAUCAGCCAAUAUCAGAUACAUAGUUUUUGAACGACUUUUCGAAGAAUCUCGCUCCUUCGGAGGCUCUGAUGUAAACGCUAAUUUUAGUAAUGUGGUGAAACCUUUUCAAGACCUGACAGCAACUAUUAGAAAGCAAAGUGGAAGUAGAAUUCAUACAAGUCCAAUGAAAUAUGGACCGGCUGCGAAAAAACCUCGUCUGUACUCUGGAAAAACGAACGAUCUACCUGAAAAACCAUUCAGCAGUUAUACAGCCCAGAAAAAGACAAAUAGCGAUUCAACCUCUAAAGAUAAUAAUCAAGGCGACGCUCUAGUAUGGCGCAAGCAAUUUCAGAAACGAUUUUCCAAUCUUACCUCGAACUCACGUAAAUCGAAAGUCAGUAACUACAUUGCAACUUUACAGAGCUUGAACAUGCAGAUACUGGAAUCAGAGAGUCGCCUUGUUCAGAAAAAUACAGCAACCACCGUGGGCUCGUUCACGAGCUUUUCGGUGAACAAAAGCGCGUUAUCGAGCCGCGUGACCUCACCAGUUCAAGUCCCCAAAAAUUUGUCAAACAAGUCCCUUUGGAGUGAGUCGUCUCCCACGCGCAGUUCAGCAAUUACUCCAGUUGGUACAUUCCCCUCUUUAACCCAGCAAUCAUCAUCCCAAUUCGCACCUGUACAGUCGCAGCCAAUAGAUCUAGAUGCCGACUGUUUCGACAGCUUCGAUUUAAACUUCGACGCUCUUGAAACAUUUGAAGAGAAUAAGUCUGUCACUUCAGAUUUGAAUAUAAACAAUAACGGAGAUUUUUCAAAACUCAAUGGAGAUGAAAGUGGAAAUGAUUUGGAUUUUUUCGAAAAGUUGUUAAAAGACAGUUAAAAGUUUUCAGAGAUAAAACUUCGGUUGUUCUCUUUUUGACUGUUUUUAAAUGACAGCUUUUGAGAAACUUUGAUGAGAACUUGUUUUGGUUGCUUUGCAGUUGUUGCUGUUUUCACAGCGUUGUUUAACUUCUCUCAAAAUUAAUUUAAACCCAGAGGUGCCCAUGGGUUGCCUCUUUUGCGGUGCUACAUGAACAGAUUUGUUCAACAUAGAUUGUACAUUAUAUAAUUCCUGUUUCAAUUUAUACAUUGAAUUAAAGCAUACAUUGUUUUUGUUGAA